ACCAAGCCUGCGAAGGGUCAGAAUGUCAGCCUCUCUGCGCUGGUGUAGCAGUCUUGGAGGCUCAGGCGGUGGAUGGGCUUAGAACCUGAGCCUAUGAUCAGCUUAGGCAUCAGAGAUUUGGGUUUCCAGACCAUCUGCUUUAUCCAAAGACUUUCAGCUGAUGAAGAGCUAGGAGGCUCAAACACCAUCUUGCCUGGGUCUUGGAGAAGUGACUUGGAGUGCUCUUCUCGACAGGGCCAGGUCUCUUUAGGGCAAAAUGGCGCAAGAUCUCAGUGAAAAGGAGCUACUGAAGAUGGAAGUGGAACAGCUAAAGAAAGAAGUGAAGAACACAAGAGUUCCGAUUUCCAAGUCAGGAAAGGAUAUCAAGGAUUAUGUGGAGGCCCAGGCAGGGAACGACCCUCUUCUCAAAGGCGUCCCUGAGGACAAGAAUCCCUUCAGGGAGAAAGGCUCCUGCGCGAUAAGCUGAUGGCUCUGGGCACCUCCCCCUGCGUGUCUGCCCCUCCUCAGCCAGGACCCAAGUGUUCUGGGAACCCAGA